AUGGGCGAGCUCGCCGACUACCUCAUCAAUAACGACCCCAGCUUCAGCAGGUCACGAUUAGCAGCCAGAUAUUCGGAUUUUCGAUCACAGCGCACUUUGAAUCCCGAUGGCUACCAGGCAAACAUUUCCGCCUGGCGUCAGGCCCUCUCAGAUCUAGUCGCCAAUGGCAAGAUUUCCCACCGCGGAUCCAGCCCCGAUCACUUCGUCCUCAAACUCGACGACUCCUUACUGCGGUCACUGGAAUACAAGGAAUUUGGCCAGCCCCUGGCUCUCGGAACCGUAGUGCGCGAAGCCACUGCCGGCCGGGACUUUAUCCCACUACAAGAUUUCGAGAAGUCGCAACAGAGCAUCUAUCAGCGCAGCUGGGCAGGUCUACCAUGGAGUGUCAUGAGUUGGGCUUUGCGACAGCUGGGCGUGGCAGACCCUGCCAGGGGUGACGAUAAGCUGCCCACAGGUCAAUAUGUCAUUGCCAAGAAUAUGGAAGCUGCUGCGAAGGAGCUGGGCGAUCUAAUGAACGGAAAGGUCUCAAGAUUCGAUCGUGUUUUCAGCAGAGCACAAUUCCAAAAAGCCUUUUCCGCAGCUCUCGUUAAAGGCCAACAUCUGACGGAGUCGGACCUCGACGUUCUACUCAAGUUUUUAUCGCGGGACAAGGAAGUCAUCGAAUAUGAUGGGAAAACGAUCAGAAUUAAGGGUUCUGGGGAGCAGAGCGGUAUCACAAAGGAGGACGCUGCGAUCGCAUCUCUGAAGGAACUCACGGAAAGUCUGAAGCACCAAACCGACCUCCUUAACACACGCAUCGAUGAACUCUCUCAAACAGCCAAGGAUGCCGUCACUAAAAAGAAUCGCGUUGCAGCUCUUGCUGCGCUCAAAUCCAAAAAGAUUGCAGAGACUUCGUUAGCUACUCGCUACGCGACUUUGAACCAAUUAGAAGAGGUUUCCGCCAAACUCGAGCAGGCUGCUGACAAUGUGCAGCUUGUCAACGUCAUGGAGGCUUCUUCUGGUGCGCUGGCAAGCCUCAAUGCACAGGUCGGUAAUGCAGAGCGCGUCGAUGCAGUUAUGGAUCGCCUACGGGAGCAGAGUAGCGCGACCGACGAGGUGAGUGCUAUUCUGGCCGAAUCCACAGGCGAGCCCAUCGACGAAACUGCGCUCGACGACGAGCUCGAGGCUAUGGAGGCGCAAGAGCGCGAAAAGGAAGAAGAGAAGACGAGGAGCAAGGAGGCCGAGGAACAGAAAGCCCGCGACGAACGGGAGGCAGCCGAGGCGCAAAAGAAGCUCGACGAAUUGCCUGACGUACCUGCUGGUGAGGAGAUCCGACAGAAGGAGCAGACACCGACAUCCGAGACUGGAAUUGCAAAUCUGGCGAUAUAG